AUGUCGUCUUCGCAACAAGGAACGCCGAAGACUGAGGACAAGAAGGAGUCUCUGGGCGAGACCUCCCGUCCCGGCCAGCAGAGACAAGAGUCGCAACAACAAGGACAAAAGAAGAACGAGACCCAACAACCACAGUCUGAGAACAACCAGACCCAGCAGCCAGAAGCUGAGGAGACCAACCGCAACGCUAAGCCUGAAUCUCGCACCAACCAGGCCAGUGCGGAGGAGGAGCAAGAAGACGCCGGCCAGAACCAAGAUGAAGAACAAUACGACGAUGAAGAUGAGCAGUACUAUGACCAGGACCAGGACGACAACUAUGACGACCAGGCCUACUCCGACGCCGAGCAAGGCGAAGAGGGGCAGUACGAGCCCGAAGGAGACCAGGGGCAGGAGCAAGAAGUAGAACAAGAGGAAGACGGGCCCGAGCCCGAGCCCGAGAUGCAGCGGGACGGCUCGCGCGAUUCGGCUGCGACACCGGCGUCGGACAGACCCGCCACGCCCAAGGACAACGAGGAGGCGACACCGUACUGGGAGCAGGACGGCGCACAGGAGCAGGAUCGCCAGGUGGCCAAGCCCAAGAAGAACAAGAGCAAGAAGAAGAGCAAGAAGAGGCAGCCACGAUAUGAGUCUGAGGACGAGGAAGACUACCAGGACGACAACGACUACCAGCAGCAGCAAUACUGGCAGCAGCAGCAGCAGAUGCAGAUGAUGCAACAACAACAGAUGAUGCAGCAGCAGCAGGGCGGCGGCGGCGGCGAGUCCAAGAACCCGCUCAAGCUGAGGCUGGACCUGAACCUCGAGAUUGAGAUCGAGCUCAAGGCGCAUAUCCACGGUGACCUAGAGUUGGCUUUGCUGUAA